GGUGUGGGGUAUGUGCGGGUGGGAGUUGGGGAGAGCUUAUCGGAGAAGAAUGUUUACUGUGACUGACAUCAUGUGAUAUGUAUGCCCGUGUACGUGUUUGUGUGUCUAGCAUCAAUGCAUUUUCUCAUGGUUUUCCGCGGUGACAGCUUUUCUCGCCGAAUACACAACGCGGAGACCCAGCAGUUGACUAAGUUUCCUCGCGAAGUUUCGCGCGAGAAGUGCAAGUGACAAAAAGGGAAAAAUCGCCAAAGACUGCGUGUUGGCCAGCAGACGACCGGCGAGGCCCGUGCCAUCCCGACGCCCAAUCAACAGCCGCUCUCGCAUGCAACAUUGCCACGGCAUCAUAACCGAUGAGAUGGCCGGGGGCGGCGUCCCCUUCCCUCGCCCCGCCCUCCCCCCCGACGCCGACGCCCUUCGAGUCCUCCGAGCGCCGCCCCGCACACGCCGACGCCGCCCCACUGACGGCCUCGGGCCCGCCGCUCCUCUGCUCCGCUCUCCCCGCUCUUCCCGCCGUCGCCGCCGCCGCAGUCGCCGCAGCAGCCGCCGCCACGCCCUAGCGAUGCUGUGCUUAAAGCAGAUGGGCGACACGGCCGCGAGCCCUCCAGGAGACGACCUGCGGCUCGCGCGCGGGGACAGCGCCAGCGACGAGGGAGAGGUCGACGGGGCCGAUGGGGGCGAGCCCGCGGCGGGGGGCGGCGGCAGGCGGCACAACAACACGCUCGCAAGGGCGCUGUGCGGCCUGCUGGCCAGCUUGGCCGACAGACUCAAGUGCGGACGCCAGAACAGGAAGAGACAGGUAAGGGAAUGAUGCUGGUAUGAUACCCCCCCCCUUCCCCCUGUGUCUCAUCCCACAUCCGGGACCUUCUGCGGGGGAAGUAGGUAAUGUAUGUAAAUAAUAUAUGCGUGUUUGUGUCUUAUGCUGUAUGUGUGUGUGUGUUUGUGUUUGUAGAUUUGUG